CUAAUCAUGAAGCAGACAUCGAGCAUCGGACCCAGUCACUGAAGCGGGAGGGCUUCUGGUCAACGAAGCGUCUCACCCGCCUGACGGAGCCGCCGCGACCCAAAGUUCACUGGGACUACCUGUGUGAGGAGAUGCAGUGGCUCUCUGCAGACUUCGCUCAGGAGAGGCGCUGGAAGAGAGGAGUGGCUAGAAAGGUGGUCCGAAUGGUGAUGAAAUACCACGAGGAGCUAAGGCAAAAAGAAGAAAAAGCCAAGCGAGACGAGCACUCUAAGAUCAGAAGAGUCGCCUCUUCUAUCGCCAAGGAGGUCCGGGCUUUCUGGAGCAGCGUGGAGAAGGUGGUUCAGUACAAGCAGCAGUCCAGACUGGAGGAGAAGAGGAAGAAGGCUUUGGACCUUCAGCUGGACUUCAUUGUCGGACAGACGGAGAAAUACUCGGACCUCCUCAGCCAGUCGCUUGCACCCACCGGACCUGCCGAAGCUGAACCUGAACCUGAGCCUGAGCCUGUCACAGAGACUCUCCCAAAACCUGCGACACCUGCCGCUGAUGAGGAGGACAGAGACUUUGAACCUCCCUGUGAGGAAGAGGAUGAUGAACAGACCUUAGAUGUGGAGGAGCAGCAGGAGGGCAAUGAUGCCGAGAGCCAUCGGAGGGAGAUUGAACUGCUGAAGGAGGAGGGCAUGCUGCCCCUGGACCAAUUACUCAGCACCAUCAAACUGGCUCAGGAGUCGGUCUCAGAUGGAGAAUGCUCUGAUGAAAGCUCUUCAUCAAAGGUGAAGGAAGAGGAAGAUGGUGAAUUCACUGCCAACGAAGAGGAUGCUAAGGAUGAGGAGGACACCAUAGAUGACCAGGAGAAGGUGGAGGGAGAUGUGAACCAUGCAGAGGAACUUGAUGACUUGGCCAGAGAAGGUGAAAUGAGCGUCGAGGAGCUGCUGGAGAAGUACAAAGGAGCGUAUGCAUCUGACUUUGAGGCUCCGUCUGGAUCUGGCUCUAAAGAGAGUUCUGAUUCGGAGGUGUCUGGGGAUGAGGAGGAGGAGACUGAAGAAGAUGAGAGUGAUGUGGAAAGCAACUCUUCCUCUUCAGAUUCAGCAGGAGAAAGCAGGGAAGAUGAUGACAGUGAGAAAGAAGAAGAGGGGAGUGAGGAAGAAGAAGAAGAAGAUGAUGGCUGUGAAGAUGAAGGGAUGGAGGUUUUGCUGAAGGAGGGAGACAACAGCCCACCUUCUUCCAGCUCACGACCAAAGAAAGAGAUCAGCCACAUCGCUGCCACUGCAGAGAGCCUGCAGCCUAAGGGCUACACUUUGGCUACUGCAAAGCACCCGCUGUGUACUCCCGUUCCCGAGGCUGUGCACGGCUCUGCAUAUCGUAACUCUGUGACAGUGCCAGUUUCUGUGUGGCUCUGUGCUAAUGGUUUCCUUUGA